AUGGCUGCCACACAGCUUGUAGAGGUUGGGCUAUUUCCCUGCGCGCCAUACAGGCCGAGCAUCGCCAUCGACAUCAACAUCCUUGACUUCGCUCGCCUCCUCUUCCUCAAUAUAUCGCCCAACGUCACUGCGUGGUGCAAGGCAACCGAAGCCUUCUUGAUGUCUAGGGCUCACAAACUACAGUACUCGGACAACCUCCGCAAGCGAUUCGGAUACGCCUUACUGUGGUAUUCGCACCUCCGCAACCUCGUCGACGCGCACGUUGAGCGCGUGCUCGCCUCCGCGCGUGAAACGAUGGGCUUUACGCCGCCAUCGUCAACGCCGCUCGCCACGGCACCCACCCCCAGUGACGGCGACCCACCUUCGUCGCCGACGCCGGCCGCCCCUCGCCAUCGCCGCGAUAACCCGGGCGUAACGGCGGGCGAUCAUCGCCGUGGCUCGCCCGACCCCGCAUCGGACGUCGACGACGAUCUCGACUCCACCAACGACGCCGAUGAGCGGCUGCGCGCACCAUCAGCAUAUCUUCGCGGCCGCUGCCCCGCAUGUUUCGGG